GAAAGCGACGUCGGGGUCAAUGAAAACAAACGGGGAGCCCGGGGGAAGGAAGGCUGGCGAGAGGAGGGAGCGCCGGGCGCGGGAAGGGAGAGCCCCGGAAGCGCGAGCGGGAGGCCGGCCGCGGUCGCGAUUUAGCUGCGGCCGCCGCCGAGGCUCGCCCGGGGAUGUCUGAGUCCGCGCCUCGCGGCCGCGGAGCUCCACGCGGCGGCCGCCGUCCCCGUGUCUAAGGGCCGCCACGUCCCGGGGGCGCGCGCGCGGGCUGAGGGCGGCGGGUGCCGGCGGGGGGCGCCCGGGGAGGGGCCCGGGUGGGCUGGGAGGGGCUGCCCAGGCUGCGCGCCUACCGGAUCACCGCGGCCGGCGCCGGGCCAGGAGGAUGCGCGGCGCCGGGCUCUGAAGCAUGGAGGGGGUUCUGUACAAGUGGACCAACUAUCUCACAGGCUGGCAACCUCGUUGGUUUGUUUUAGAUAAUGGAAUUCUGUCCUACUAUGAUUCACAAGAUGAUGUUUGCAAAGGGAGCAAAGGAAGCAUUAAGAUGGCAGUUUGUGAAAUUAAAGUUCAUUCAGUGGACAAUACAAGAAUGGAAUUAAUCAUUCCAGGAGAGCAGCAUUUCUAUAUGAAGGCAGUGAAUGCAGCUGAAAGACAGAGAUGGUUGGUUGCUCUGGGAAGCUCCAAAGCCUGUUUGACUGAUACCAGGACUAAAAAAGAAAAAGAAAUAAGUGAAACCAGUGAAUCUUUGAAAACCAAAAUGUCUGAACUUCGCCUUUACUGUGAUCUUCUAAUGCAGCAAGUGCAUACAAUCCAGGAAUUUGUUCACCAUGAUGAGAAUCACUCACCUCCCAGCAUAGAGAAUAUGAAUGAAGCCUCUUCUCUGCUUAGUGCCACAUGUAAUACAUUCAUCACAACUCUUGAGGAAUGUGUGAAGAUAGCGAAUGCCAAGUUUAAACCUGAGAUGUUUCAGCUUGCCCAUCCGGAUCCCUUAGUUUCUCCUGUGUCUCCUUCUCCUGUUCAAAUGAUGAAGCGUUCUAUCAGCCACCCUGGCUCUUGCAGUUCAGACAGGAGUAGCCACUCUGUAAAAGAACCAGUGUCUACACUUCACCGACUCUCACAGCGACGCCGAAGAACCUAUUCAGAUACAGACUCUUGUAAUGAUAUUUCUCUUGAAGACCCAGAUAGACCUGUUCACUGUUCAAGAAAUACUCUUAAUGGAGAUUUGGCAUCAGCAACCAUUCCUGAAGAAAGCAGACUUAUGGCCAAAAAAAAAUCUGAAUCAGAAGAUCAUCUUCCAUCCUUCUCUUCCUGAGGAAAUGGAAGUGUCCAACUUCCUCUAAGUAUUGCUAUGCAAAAGCUGCUGUAAUUAAACUUGUUAUAGGGAGUAGUUUUUUCCCUUAGAAUUUCUCUGCACUUUAUAGAAUAUUGUAAAACAAACAAACAGAAAACAACCCACAUACCUUUGAAGUGUAUUUUAUCUUUAUAUAGUUUAUUUGCAAGAGUAUUUUCCUAAUAACUUCACAGUAUGAAUGUGCAUCUUUUUUUUUUAAAAAAAAAAAAACCACAAAUGAUGGUGUAACAUUUUGACAUCCAUAAGGACAAAUGUAGAUAUUUUUCUAAUAAACUGUGAGGGACUGACAGCUUUGUCAGUAUGUAUUGUAACUUAUAAACAUGAAAUCUUAUACACAUAAGGUUUCAUUUUGAUAGAAGUGUGAUAUAUGUAACUUGUGCCAUGGACCAACUGGUCACUUUUCUCUAGCUAAAAAUGAGUUACGAUAGCAGCUUGAUGGUGAUUGUCUUGUAUUCCUUUAAGCAAAAGGAAACACUUAAUAUUUUAAAUAUUUUUUGCCCAAAUUCCAUGAAAUAUUGAGGAUUUUUAAAAACAACCUGUUGUCCUUCGUAUGUGAAGUUGACACUACUGAUUUGUCAAUACCAAAUGUUGGGUUAAAGUAUUUAAUUUUUAUUUAUUUAUUUUUUUGUUCAUCAAAAAUGAUCACAACCUAACUUUUAUGAUCUACCAAAUUUAAGAUAUGUAUACAUUGUUAUUUACAUUGUUCUAGAAAAGAGGUUAAUGUUGUAGUGACCUUGCUCACUUACACCGGAGAAAUAACUUUCAAUGGAAGAGGAUUUUAGUGCUUUUUUCCCUAAAAUAGACAUUAAGCUGCUGUUGUAUGGUAUUCAUGUUUGCAGCUCUUUAAAAUAUCUAGAGACAUUUUUAAAUUUUGAAUAUUUAUACAAAAAAAAAAAAACUGUCAAUGCAACUGCUCUACAAGAUCACUUGAGAAUGGCGUUAUUUAAUUAAAGAACAAAAGAGCACUGUUUUGGUAGUACCUGUCCAUACCUGUUGUCAUUGUUUGCCUUGUAAACUGGUAUUUUUUUUUUUUUUUUUUAAUUCAUGAUGAUUUUGUCCAAGGUUUUGGAUGAGGAGCACUUUAAAACAAAACUGGUUUGGUGUUUUCAGUUUUAUCAUAAGUUUAAUAAAUAAGUGAUUUUUGCAUUCAAA